GUUUUCCUUCAGUAUCGCGGAACAGAGAAGCCUAUCAGUCCAUCGACCAGCAGGACGAGUCGUCCAGCCCAGCGAACCCCUUCAACCAGGCCCAGGACAGCCGGCCUGGAGUCCGCACGUACUGAGCGCCGCCGGACGCCAACCGUGCAGCGUUCUGACAUUUUAUGCAGCGAGGGGUGACAGAACAGCACAGGUCUUCUAGUGGUUGAUUAUUUUGGGUCAACUCCUCGCCUGUUAGUGAAUGCCAUGUUUAAAGAAGAGCGGCUGAAGGUUUUCAGGGAAACUUCUGAGCCUUUGGCCGCUCUGAUGCUGUUACCAGACACUCUGUAGUAGAGCAGAUUCCAGUGAAGCUGCCAGGUUGAUUAUUUUUUAUGUGGCAUUUACAGACCAUAGGAAUUGACAGUUCUGUGAAUUAUACUUUUUGCAGUAUUUUAUGACUGUUUUCCAGGAACUUUAACAAACUGAAAUAAAUAAUGGAAAAAUCAG